UUUUCUUUUCAAGAAAAAAUGGGAUUUAGAGAUAUUAAAAACGCAUUGAAGAAGAUCGACCAGUCCUUUAAGGGCAAUGAUGAGAGAGAUGCACCACCAAUUCCUCCACGAGGCCAAGAUGAAGCACCCCCACCAAUCCCCCCACGUUUACCAAAGCAGCUGAAGGAUAUUGCAACAGCACCUUCACUGAAGAGUUCUGGAUUGUUUGGUCCCGGAUUGGCUCAUGGAAAAAAUGUUCCAUCUAUAUUUCAACAAGUUCAGCACGCCCAAAAGCCUGUGGGAUGUUCAUUUGAAAGUUCUGACGCUCCAAUUCAAACUAACAACUUUUACAAUAACCUUUGUCUUGAAGACCAAACAUACCCUGUAUGGACACUCCCCUACUCUUUGUGGAUCACCAAGGACCCUGAUCAAGAUCCUGGUCUUGCAUUCAAUCAUACAGAGGCUUCACAAAGGGUUUUUGGCCCAGACCCCCUGGGAAACCCAGCACAGUUUUAUUUCAACCCUCCUAAGAUCAAGUCUUUUACCCUUUCUGCCCAAGGAUUUCAUGGAGAUUCUCUCAUUGCCAACUUAGAAAGUCACAAUAAGCUCUCUGUGGUUGCUAAGUUGAGCUCUGGUGGCGACACAGGUCGUAAUAUAACAGUUCCAUUGGUCCAUGGUAUGGGUUUCAUUUCUGCUGUAUACAAUCAACUUGUACCAAUAAUUGGGUCUCAAGUUGGGGUACAACAAUUCGAAAGGGUAUCGGAGAAUAAGUAUAGAGUGAUGUUAUUCAAUCAAGUAGUUUGGACGAUCUAUGUAACAAAUAAUCAGCGAGGCAACUUUAGUUUGGAAUUGAAAGAUCCAAAUCAUAUUGUUGCAAAUACGGAGGCAAAUAAUGUAGUCAUCCAGAUUUGUCGUGGAGAGUCCUCAUCUUAUGAUCAAGCCGCUGGUGCUUAUCCAAUUUCUUGUCAUUUGGAUGGGUCAGUACAAGGAAACCUGGGGCUGUAUCUGUUCAAUUAUGAAUUACAAGGUAAAUCAUCUAGUGGCUCUACAGUCGUAUGGUGUUUGCCUCACCAUUACGAGAUACUAGACCCAUCCAUCAGCUCUAAGGAUACAGGAAUGAUGUUAGACUCCCCCACCAAGGGUCAAAUGAAGUCAUAUUUGACCAAUGAAUUGAAAAUGAACGAACCUAAUCUUCCAACUGAGAUUAAUUUCGAUCCAUGGUCAUCAAUUGAAUCUUUUAAAGGGGUCAAUUAUUCUCAGAAUGCCCUUUCACUCAUCAGAAAAGCAGCAGAAGCUGAGGUUAAACAAGACGUUGUCGGGAUGGCAAACAUAGAUUCAAUGUACACUUCUGGUAAAAUUCUUGACAAAUUUGCGUACAUCUUGUACGUCUGUCGAUUUGUUCUUAAAGAUGAUUCGUUAUAUCAAGAAUUGCUUCCAAAGGUCAAAGAGGCCAUCAAUAUCUUUGCCCAUAACAAGCAAAAAUAUCCUUUAGUUUAUGACACAGUAUGGAAGGGGUUGAUUUCAUCAGCGGAACCAGGAGCAGAUUUUGGUAAUUCAAAUUAUAAUGACCAUCAUUUCCAUUAUGGUUAUCAUAUUCAUGCCAUUGCUUUAGUAGCAAAAUGUGAGCCAUCUUUUGUUGAAGAUCUGGCAAUUUCCGAGUAUACAACCACUUUAUUAAGAGAUGUUGCUACAAGUUCCGACUCUGAUCCUUAUUUCCCGCAAUCACGUUCAUUUGAUUGGUUCCACGGCCAUUCAUUUGCUCAUGGUAUAUUUGCCUCAGGGGAUGGGAAAGAUGAAGAAUCGUCGUCUGAAGAUUAUCAUUUUGCAUAUGGAAUGAAAUUAUACGCUCAAUGUAUCAACGACUCGUCAAUGGAGAAUAGAGCCAAUUUAAUGUUGGCAGUGAUGCGUAGAUCCAUGAACAUGCACAUGUUAUUCAGUGACGAUAAUAAGAUUCAACCACCACAAUUUAUCAAGAAUAAAGUCGCAGGGAUCUCAUUUGAAAAUAAAAUCGAUUUUGCAACAUAUUUCGGCCGGGGAACCAUCGCCGAUGAAUGGAUUCAUGGUAUCCAUAUGUUACCAAUUACCCCGAUAUCUUCUUAUAUCCGUACUCCAAAAUUUGUCCAAGAAGAGUGGCAACAGAAACUUGAAGGUAUCAUAGACCAAAUUCCUGAUGGCUGGAAGGGUAUUCUUAUACUCAACGUAGCAUUGUUCAAUCCUGAAUAUGCAUGGAAAUGGUUUUCCCGUGACGAUUGGAAUGAUGCUCAAAUAGAUAAUGGGAUGUCUAGAACCUGGUCCCUUGCCUACAUUUCCGCAGUGGGGGGCUUUUGAAUUCAUUAAAAAUUGUCAUUAGAUCUAUUUAUAUAGUAUACAUAUUAUACAU